CUUUCUGCCCUGUGCAGGUCAGCAUGACUGUGUUACAGUCAUCAACAAUUUCUUUUCUCGUGCGAGGCUUGAAUAUUACACCAGACCCCAGGGCUCAGAGAGAGAACCUAAACUACCCCACAAACUAGCAGGACCCCUACACAAAAUCAUCAUGACUACUAACCUCAAUCCUGUCAAGAUGGUGAUGCUGGUGAAGGAGGACCCCUUAUUGGUAGAUGUGGUGGCCCUGGAGAAGAGCUACCGUGUGCUGGAUCUGCUCUGUGAGCAGUGUGUGAAACAGCAGGACAUGAAUGAGGUUCAGGCCAUGAAGGUGCACUACAUCAGCUCCGUGCUGCAGAAGUGUCUGGCCUUUCUGCAGGAACGGGAUGACAACCUGGAUGUCCUGUUGAUGAGAGAGUCUUGA